AUGGCAUCAAUGCAUCUUAUAUCACGUAUUCCAGAACACGCGGCAUCAUACAAAAAGACAAGAUAUGACCACUAUACCUUUGCGCUGACGCACUACAAUGCCGCACUCAGAGACAUUGCCUCCAUCCUGAGUCACGGAGUUCCUCACCAUACAUAUCGAGACGUCUUUCUAAUUUGUAGCAUUCUCUUCACCAGUAUUGCUGUAUUGUCUGGUGCUACCGACGAGAUCAUGCUUCAUGCGCGCUCCGCUCUGCAUCUGUUUUACCAGUGGAAGUUCUGGGAAGAUGGCGGCACAAGACGAGACACUCAACCAGGGCCUUUGUUAACGAACAAGAGCGCCUUCGUAAGACUCAUGAGUCGGCUGGAGGCCCAAAUAAUGUGGCGAGGUUGCAUUAGAGACUGGAAUGACCCGGCGCAAGUCCGUUUGCCAUCCAGUAGACCCUUCCAGUCCACGAUGGAUGCCUACGUGGAGAUGCAGACCUUGAUAAGCGCCAUGACAGAGUUCCAUAGGCUAGCGCUACAAAAUAGCGACGCAAAGCAUGAGAUUCGCCCCAUUCAAGAUUCGUAUGGUCUACAUGCCCAAGCAGUAACCAUGUGGAGGGCCAAGUACAGAGAGCUGAGACGAUCUCAGCAGCCCAACGAGCAUGAACUAAUACCAGACUUUGUAGUCAGAAUUUGGCUAACCUGGUUCGAAAAAGCGCUUGGUCUGUGUGCGGAAAAGGAUUGGUGUUGCCAGAUUGCGCUCAAUCCAAUCUAUGAAGAAGUUCUGAAGCUUGCAGAGAAGACGGCAGACUCAACUACAGACGGCAUGUCUUUGCAGAAUCCUAUUUUGGGCGGAUUCUCGUACGGUCCGUCAGUAUGUGAGCCACUGCAAAUGGUUGCAAUUCACCGGGAAUCAGCCCAGAGUCACAGAGCAAUAGCUUUGCUGCGACGGUUAGGCAGAAACGAGGGUCUAUGGGACACAGGGUUCAUGGCAUCCUUCGCAGAGGCGCGGACCAUGGUGGAGGAAAGCCUUGAUGAGAGCCUCGCGACGUCGAAGAAACGCCCGUGUGGGUUUGGUCAACUUGGAUGUACGUGCGGAAGAGUGGUGGAUCUCUCUAUCGAGUUUCUGGAAACCAAGGCUGCUAGGGUCAGGCUACGGGCGUUGGAUGAGGCUCUCGGUCACUCGUCGGAGCAUAUAAGGGACAUAUCAUGGUGA